AUGAUACAAGGUACGCGUCGCUGGCUUAGACGCAACCGCACAAACUUCGCAAUCGGUGCCGGAGUGCUCGGCGCGGGUUAUCUGGCGGGGCAGUAUGUCCUGGGCAAGCUCGGGGAGGCGAGACAGCGCAUGAGCGAUGAUCGCAUCGCGAAAGAGAAUCUACGUCGCCGUUUUGAACAGAACCAGGAAGACUGUACCUUCACCGUCCUUGCCAUCUUACCCACCGCGACCGAAAACAUACUCGAUGCCAUCCCGGUCGAACAAGUGCUGGAAGAGCUACAAAGACAAAAGGCAGAGCGCUUAUCACGCAGUGUCGGACCCAGCGAGAUUGCCAGCUCAGCGCCUCCAAGUGUAGCCGACACAACCGAGGAUGACGCACGGAGCUCGAGUCUCCAGACGGAUAGUUUCAUCCAUGCCAGCCAAAUCGCUACAGAGGGCGAUAUUAGCACAGGUCCAAGAGGGCGCAGCCCAGAUCCUGGCGAGGAAAAGAAGAUCAAGAAGAGCAAAGCACAGCUUUGGAGCGAGAUGAAGAUAAGCUCAAUAACACGAGCUUUUACCCUCAUCUACACCAUCUCUCUCCUCACACUUCUCACUCGUAUCCAGUUGAACCUCCUCGGCCGCCGAAACUACCUCGCAUCUGUCGUGUCCUUGGCCGCUCCACAGCCGACUAGCGAAGGCUCGAGGAUCAACCUGGAGAACAAUGAUGACGACAACUUCGAGCAAGCGUACGGCAACGAUUUUGAGACAAACCGUAGAUACCUUAGCUUGAGUUGGUGGCUGCUACAUAAGGGGUGCAUCGACCUGAUUGAGAAAGUAAGGAUCGCAGUGAAGGACGUCUUUGGCCUUGUGAACCCAAGAGAAGAGAUGACCUUGGAGAGACUGUCAGAACUUACUUUGGAAGUGCGCAAGAAGGUCGAAGGUGCAACCGAGGAAGAGCGAAGAACAUGCAAGUGGCUUACCUUCCUACUCCCACCACAAGAUCAGGAAGACUACGUCCUCCGUGAAUCAGGCAUGACCUCAUCGUCCGAGUCUGCAUCGCCGACAACAACAGCCUCUCUUCGCCGCCUUAUUGACGAAACCUCCGACCUCAUCGACUCACCUGCCUUCACCCGUGUCCUCACACAGCUCCUCGAUGCUGCUUUCUCCCACCUUGUCGACGUCAAGAUCUCUCAACUCUCAUACAAGAUCCCGCCCAUUUCUGAUAAUCAAGCUCGUAUACAGGAGAUCGUUGGUAGCGAUGUCAAGGCCAAGGUCGCGAAUAGCUUAGCAGUCUUCUGCAGGCAAGCCCAUAGUAUUGGUAGCGGUGCGAACAAUGAAUACCUAGCUGCUAUUGAGGCUGUCGGCGGCCUGGAAGCAUUCGCUGCUGUAGUCUACUCAAGCAACUUUGAGUACGAGAGCCCAGAGGCUGCUGCAUUGAGCCGCCCUGCGGCUGUUGAAUUGACUAAGCCGAGCGUGGUACCCGAUGUUGCAGCUUUGGAAGAUACACAGCAGGUGGAUGUUCCGAAGCCUGAUGAUCCGUUUGAGAGCGCUUGGGGAAAAGCGCUGGCGAAAGAGGAUGGGAAGCAGUUCUGA